CAGUCAGACAGAAGAGUUUGCACUUUGGCGUAGUUCGGUCGAGUUUUGUACGCGACGGUCGCUUCUCCAUCCUACUACAUUGGUUAUUGGUUUAUGGUACCACCACCUUACAUAUCGGGUCGGUGUGUUCGGUAAUGGCGGAAUAAGCAAAGCAGAGAGAUUGGUGUUGUGCAGCAGUGCUUUGGGCACCUUUUGCUCCACUUUACGUGUGCGUUUCUGCUUCGGUUGGCAGAAAAUUUUGGCAAAAGAAACGCAUCCGCUGGAAGAAAAAAAAAAAAACGCUGAUUGCGAUUGUGAUUUUUUUUUUCUGUGGCUUUGCGUGCGACACAGUGACAAGUCAGUGUGACGAGAGGGUGUUCCAGUUUGGCGACAGGUCGUCCGAAGUGUUAAUCCUCGAGCGGGAAAUCAGCAGUCUUAUCACCUGAGAAAGAGUAUCGCACUCGGCCAUGGAAAUGGAGCCCCGAGUGGCGAUCCUUCAGGACCUGAAAAUCCAAUCCUUCGACACAAUCCGGUUCGCUUCGUACAGGACCGCGUGCAAGCUGCGAUAUGUGCAAAAGUCGACAAAUUUACACCUGGUCGACAUCUGGAACGUGAUCGAGGCGUUCCGCGAGAACGGGCUGAACACCCUGGAGCACCAGAACGAGGUCAGCGUGAGCCGGCUGGAAACGCUGGUGUCGUCGCUCUAUCACAACCUGAACAAACGUCUUCCCCCGACGCAACAAGUUCCUGUCGAUUCCAAAGCUAGUCUACUGCUGAAUUGGCUGCUGGCGGCCUACUCGGGCGACAACAGUGGCAAGAUCCGGGUGUUCUCGAUCAAGGUGGCGCUGGCGAUCAUGUGCGCCGGCAAGAUGGUCGACAAGCUGCGGUACAUCUUCUCGCAAAUUUCCGACGGUGCUGGACAGCUUAUCCACUGGAAGCUCGGAGACUUCCUGCGGGAGGUUCUCGCUCUUCCGGCAGCCGUCUUCGAGUCGCCCACAUUCCACUACCAGGAAGGGCUCGAAAGUGAGAUCUUCCCGGUGGAGAACAAAAUCACAGUCAACGAUUUCAUGGCUGUCCUGAUGUCCGAACCGGGUCCAGCAUGUCUGGUGUGGCUCCCCCUCCUGCACAGACUGGCCACCGUGGAAGCGGUUGUCCAUCCUACCAUCUGCUCCGUCUGUCUACGGGAGAACUUCACCGGCUUUCGGUACCGGUGUCAGCGAUGUCACGCCUAUCAACUCUGCCAGGACUGCUUCUGGCAGGGCCGAGUAUCGCUGAAUCACCAAAACGACCACGAAGUCAAAGAGUACUCCAGCUACAAGAGCCCCAGCAAACAGAUCGGUCACUCGCUGAGGAAGAGCUUCCGCUGUGUACCGGAGAAGCCCAACCAGGUGCUACCGAGGUUUCCGGAACAGCCGGAGAAGACGCUCAACCUGUCACACAUUGUGCCACCGUCGCCGCUGCCGUCGCACAAUGGCUUCCAAGAUGGCGGCAUGAUCCCCGGCAUGUACGACCGGAGUAGUACGCUGGAUUCGAGUUUUUUGAACUUCAGGGGCACCGGUCUAUCGUUGGACAGUAAUGGUACCUCAGUGACGCGAGGUGGAGCCAAUUCGAAUGACGAAGAGCACAGGCUGAUUGCUCGAUACGCUGCGAGACUUGCUCAAGAAAGUCGGACGCCCGGCAGUUCAGCCCCGGAUCCGGUCCAGAUAGGUUUGGACAGUUCCCGCGCCCAGCGGGAACUAAUCAUGCAGCUCGAAUCCAAAAACAAAGAAAUCAUGCGCGAGAUCCAGAAACUCCGCCGGCAGCAGGAAGCCGAACAGGUGCAACCGGAGAGCCCAGCUCUGAUGAACGAACUGCGGGCCCUCCGGCAGCGAAAGGGUGAACUGGAAGGCCAUCUGGGAGCACUGCAGGACUCCCGACGGCAACUGAUGGCCCAGCUCGAGGGUCUGAUGCGAAUGCUCAAAAACCACCAAACACAGAGCCCACGGUCUACGCCGAAUUCUAGUCCGCGGUCGGGUAAGAGCCCACCGCUUCCACAAGGUCCUCAAAUGCCCGGUCAGCCGAGGGGUCCCGGAAUGCCUCCAAACGUGCCACCUCAUCUGCAGCAAAGUAUACUCCAGCAGCAACAACUUCAGCAGCAGCAACUGCAACAGCAGCAAAUGAUGCUCAACAGUCACAUGCAGGAGCCUCCGGGAGGAAUGAUGGGCCAUCCCCAUCCGAUGGACAUGCGAGGAUACGUUCCCAAUGGAAACAACAAUGGAGUCCAUAAUCCGAUCAUGGGUCGGCCGUCGUCCGCCAGUGCCACCGGUGGUCCCGCUUCCGGCCCGUCCUCUUCCGGGAGGAACGAUUUGCACUAUGCGGCCGAUUCGGUUUCCUCGGCUAUGAGCUCUCUGGUGCGCGAACUGAAUUCAGUAGGAUCCGACGAAGAGUAUGGCAUGCACCACCAUGUCAGACAGAUGCUAGACUUCGAGGAAAUGCAAAGCCAUGAGUGGAGUGAUAAGGACAACGUCCAAUGGCAGGAGCAGUUUGCCCAGUGGAGUCUCAACUCGCAGAAUCAGUAAAUUCGUACCAUCAUAGUCAGUCGUUUAAAUAUAGUAGGUAAACCGCGACCAGUCAGUCAGUCAGUGUUGCCAUUCUUCGGUCACCCUCUCAUAAAACCAUUAUUCGAACAGCCCCAUACAUAUACCUAUUAACUGCUCCUGAUAUUCGGCACUCACUCACUUAACUGACACUCUUAUGGCACCGGCCACGUUAGGCACGUGGUAUUAACGAAAAUAGCAUCAUAUCACCAUAUAGAAACACCUGUACCACGAAUACACGAGUUAUAGACAAAGAAAAAACAAUCCAUUCGGUAGAAAAGCGAUUUAUGUAAAAUAAACGAAAAAAUCUUAAAACCACAUUCCUCUGAAAUCCUUAAAAGUUUUCCUAAAUUUUAACCCUUGCUAAUGAUUUAAUCUUUUGUAUGUGAUCGCUACCUUGUAGAAGUCGUCGGCGAAUCGGUAAAGAAAUAAGCCGCACGAAAUGCUUUAUCUAAUUCGUAAAAAGGUUUUUUUGUAUAGGUUUUGUAGAGUCGUGUUAAAAGCCAGUAAGAUUUAAGGAAACCGUUUCCAUUCCAUAGCGCCAGCAUCAAAUGUGGUGACUUUUAAAUAGCUUUUUCGGUUGCGCGAAUAUUUAUUAUGUUGUAAACUAAAUAUUGCAACUACACUCACGUGGUGUACGUGUUGAACGUUGUUGGUAGGAAAAUAGUGCUUUUCUUACUCUAGUGGUUUUACUUUUAGUUUCAAGAUUACUCUGUUCAAGCGCUUUUUUACGUUAUUGAGGAUGAUAUUCUAAUAAAUGAAGUUUAUUUCAAUUAUUAUUUGUUUUCUUUUGUGUUUUUAAGUAACUCCCCAAAAAGCAUUGCUUCCUACUUUUCUUUAGGGCAUACUUUUUCAACGAAAAAUAAUUUUGCGAAACCAUCAAGCGACAUGUCGAGCUUCAAAACAAAAAUUCCUAAAACUUCGUUUCAGAAUUCCUGAUUUUUCCAAGAAAACUCCAGGAAUUCCUUCAGGAAAUCCUCCAGCAAUUCUCCUAAAGUUAUUCUCGGGAAUUCUCCUAAAAUUCCUUUGGGAAUUCUCCUAGUAUUCAUCCGGGAAUUCAUCUACAAUUCCUCCGGUUAUUCUUCAAAACUUCCUCCUGGAAUGCUCCUUGAAUUCCUCCGGGAGGUCUCCUAGAACUCCUCCGGAAAUUCUCCUAGAAUUCCUCCGAAAAUUUUACUAGCAUCAUUCGCAAAUUCUCCUAGAAUUCCUCCGGGAAUACUCCUUGAAUUCUUCCGGGAGUUCUCCUAGAAUUCCUCCGGGGAAUUCUUCCUUCAAGAAUUUCCCCUGGAAUGCUCCUUGAAUUCCUCCGGAAAUUCUCCUAGAAUCCCUCCGCAAAUUCUCCUAGAAUUCCCUCGGGAAUUCUCCUGGAAUUCCUCCAGAAAUUCUCCUAGAACUCCUCCAAAAAUUCUCCUAGAAUUUCUCCGGGAAUUCUCCUGGAUUUCCUCCAGGAAUUCUCCUAGAAUUUCUCCAGGAAUUCUCCUGAAAUUCCUCCAGGAAUUCUCCCAGAUUUCCUCCGGGAAUUCUCCCAGCAAUUCUCCAGGGCUUCUCCCAGAAUUCCUCCAGGAAUUCUCCCAGCUUUCUUCUAGGAGUUCUCCAAGAAUCCUCCAGGAAUUCUCUCAGAAUUCCUCAAGAAAUUCUCCCAGAAUUCCUCUAGGAAUUCUCCCAGAAUUCCUCCAGGAAUUCUCCCAGAAUUGAUCCAGAAAGUCUCCCAGAAUUCCUCCAGGAACUCUCCCAGAAUGCCUCCAGGAAUUCUCCCAGAAUUCCUCCAGAAAUUCGCCCAGAAUUCCUCCAGGAAUUCUCCCGGAAUUCCUCCAGGAAUUCUCCCGGAAUUCCUCCAGGAAUUCUCCCAGAAUUGCUCCAGAAAUUCUCCCAGAAUUGAUCCAGGAAUUCUUCCAGAAUUGCUCCAGGAAUUCUCUCAGAAUUCCUCCAGGAACUCUCCCAGAAUGCCUCCAGGAAUUCACCCAGAAUUUCUCCAGCAUUUCUUCCAGAAUUUCUCCAGCAAUUUUCCCAGAAUUCUUCCAGCGAUUCUCCCAGAAUUCCUCCAGCAAUUCUCCCAGAAUUCCUCCAGGAAUUCUCCCAGAAUUCCUUCAGGAAUUUCCUUAGAAUUCCUUCAGAAGUUCUCCUAGAAUUUCUCCGGGCGUUCUUCUAGAAUUCCUCCGAGAAUUUUCCUUGAAUUCCUCCGGGAAUUCUCCCAGAAGUCGUCCGGAAAUUUUUCUAUAAUUUCUCCGGAAAUUUUCUUAGAAUUCCUCCGGGAAUUCUCUAGAAUUCCUCCGAGAUUUCUUCUGGGAUUCCUCCGGGAAUUCUCAUAGAAUUUCUCCAGGACUUCUCCCUGAGUUCCUCCAGGAAUUCUCCCAUCUCUCCUCUAGGAAUUCUCCAAGAAUCCUCCAGGAAUUCUCCCACAAUUCCUCCAGGAAUUCCCAUACACCGGGAAUUCUCCUGGAAUUCCUCCGUGUAUUCUCCUAUAAUUCCUCCGGAAAUUCUCCUAUUAUUUAUCCGGAAAUUCUCUUAGAACUCCUCCGAAAAUUCACCUUGAAUUCAUCCGAGAAUUCUCCUAGAAUUGCUCCAGGAAUUCUCCCAGAAUUGCUCCAGGAAUUCUCCCAGAAUUUCUCCAGCAAUUCUCCCAGAAUUUCUUCAGCAUUUCUCCCAGAAUUCUUCCGGCGAUUCUCCCAGAAUUCCUCCAGCAAUUCUCUCAGAAUUCCUCCAGCAAUUCUCUCAGAAUUCCUCCAAGAAUUCUCCUAGAAUUCCUCCAGGAAUUCUCCCAGAAUUCCUCCAGGAAUUCUCCCAGAAUUCCUCCCGGAAUUCCCCUAGAAUUCCUUCAGAAGUUCUCCUAGAAUUUCUCCGGAAAUUCUCCUAGAAUUUCUCCGGGCGUUCUUCUAGAAUUCCUCCGAGAAUUUUCCUAGAAUUCCUCCGGGAAUUCUCAUAGAAUUUCUCUAGGAUUCUCCCAGAAUUCCUCCAGGAAUUCUCCCAGCUUUCCUCUAGGAAUUCUCCCAGAAUUCCUCCUGGAAUUCCCCUAGACCGGGAAUUCUCCUGGAAUUCCUCCGGGAAUUCUCCUAGACCGGGAAUUCUCCUGGAAUUUCUCCGGGAAUUCUCCUAUAAUUCCUCCGGAUAUUCUCCUAUUAUUUAUUAGGAAAUUCUCCUAGAACUCCUCCGAAAGUUCACCUUGAAUUCAUCCGAGGAUUCUCCUAGAAUUGCUCCCAGAAUUCUCCAGCAGAAUUUCUUCGGGAAUUCUUCUAGAAUUCCUCCGGGAAUUAUUCUAGAAUUGGCCAGCGUUCAGCCAGAGCGGACUACGCGAUUUUUUGGGCAGGUAAAGAUAAGCUGAGGAAUUCGAUAAACCAGAACUUUUCGACGUUAUUUUGAUUCAGAUGUGUCAUUACAUAAAAGAAUCAAAGUGUUUCUAAAAAUAAUGCCAGAGAUUUGAAAUUUCAAGUGCUUGCAGGCAUUUUUCUCGAAAUCAUUGAAAAACAGAUGGUCCUGUCUGACUUAACGCCGACCAAUUCCUCCGGGUAUUCUCCUAGAUUUUCUUCAAGAAUUCUCCUACAAUUCCACCGUGAAUUCUCUUAAAAUUUAUCCGGGAAUUCUCAUGGAAUUCCUCCGGGGAUACUCCUAUAAUUGUUCCAGGAAUUCUCCUAGAUUUCUCCGGAAAAAAAAAUUUCAAAAACUCCUGCCGAAUUUUACCCACAUUAAUUGUCCCAGAUUUGCUCCACGAGUUAUCUCAGAAUUCCUCCAAAGAUUGGCCUAGAGUUCUUCUAGAAUACCUCCAGGGUUUCUUCUAAAGUCACCUCAAAGUCUCGAAGUUUGAAAUAUCGCAUGAUGAUGAUUUCCUAUUUUCGGAACAUGGAUCCUAUAAGCGGAUUCCCAAAGAAAUUCAAUAAAAUAGUAUGCUCUAAAAGUUGAAAGAAAUCAUACUAGCUAACAAACUCAUUCGAAGAAGUCAUCUUAAAAUGAACCAUCCUCCCAAGCUUUUGGAUAGGAUAACGCACAGAGAUGUACAAACGUUAAAAGCAGAAUCUAGCAUUUUAGGCACCGUUAUUGAACAAUUCUUAACCAAAAAAAAAGGAAAAUAACUACUCAUCUAGACAAAAAAGACAAGUUUAUCGCAAAACCAACGGACUCAUUCCUUCACUUCUCAAUGUAUUUUUAGUCAGGAUGAAACUCACAAAACAUUGGAUCAAUUUUUGGCAGCGAACUGUUUCUAAGGCUUACAAGGUAUUACACACACGUCGACUUCACGUCUGUGAUUGGAUGUAACUUGUGUAUUUUGUGAGUUCAAAAGACCACGACAUUGGGAAACAAUAUCAAAAAACAAUGAAAGACAUAAAAUUAUUAGACUAACAAAAUUGACAGUGUUUCUUUGGAGAGACAAAAAAUUAAACCAAUAAAGUAAAACAUGUUUUCGGAAAUAACAAACUAGGAACAGAACAAUACGCUCGUAAUAUAGAUUAAAACAGAAAAUCUAAUUAUUCGAUUUUAGUAGCAAAAAUACAGACUAAACAUGAAGAUGGUAUUCAAACAGUGAGUAGUCUAAUCUAAAUAUACUCCAAAUAAGCAAAAUCUAACAACAAAUUGGAACUUAUAAAAACCAAACCCAACUAAUAAAACAUCCUCGAAUAGGCUAGGGACAACGAUACUCAUUCGAUGGUGAAAUACAUAGCAAAACCACUCAGAAUAACAACAUUAGAACAUCCCAAACACAAACGUCGUCGCCUUCUCGAGUUGUUGAAUGUUACUAUGACGGCGAACAUCUUAUUCGGCAAAACAAAUGCAAUGUGAUAAAUGUUUCAGUCCUCAGUUGAACCAGGAAUACUCUCCCACACUCCCGAGUCAGAGAGGAGUACUGUAUUGUCCGACAAGAAAAAAUACACAAACAUUGUACAUUGGGAAAAUGGAACGAAGGAAGACCUGUAAUUGCACUCAAGUUGAAAAGAAAACAGUAAACAGCAAACAAGUAAUGGAAAAGUAUGAAUAAAAAUACACAUUAACCAAAUUGAA